UUUUUUCUGUUUAAAGCGCCUGAAAUAACGGAAAUAUUCACGGAGAAGCUGGAGGAGUUAAUCAAGCAGCGCAUUAAAGACAAGUCAUUUGAUGAUGUUGUACGCAAAAAACGUAUCGAGGAGCGAACUGAGUCUUACCGGAAUCAGGCCAUAGAAGAAAGAGAAAUGGUUAAAACUUCUUUGGCGGAGGUUUACGAAAAGGAGUACCAAAAAACGGCUGGGGAACAAGGUGAGAGCAAUGGAGUAAACGAUGAACAUAUAGCUAUUGAGAAACGAAUGCGAGAGCUAUUCCGAUUAAUUGACGCACUUUCUAACUUUGAUUAUACGCCACCGGAGGUCCGUCCAGAGGUCCGCGUUGUCUCGAAUAUGCCUGCCUUAAGAGUAGAAGAAGUUGGUAUGAGCGCCUCAACAGAUGCGCAAUUACUUGCUCCAGAAGAAGUGAAGAAGCACCAGAAGGGCAGUCUUAAAGCAGAUGAGGAACGUGAUCGCACGGACGUUCUACGGCAGAGACGAAAGAAGAAAAAUAGGCAGAGGUGCUCAUCCAAGCUCUUUCUUCUUGGUCCCAUCUGUUAUUAUCAUAAUCUUAAUUUGAUCAUUUACCGCUUCAUUGCUGCUUGUUCAGAGCUAUGGUGGAACUCUUCGGUGAGGAAAAAGCAAUGGAAGGUUUGA